CAGGGGCCUCGGCUCCGCAACUGCCACUCCUCCUCGGAGUGUUGCACAAGUUUCGAGGUCACCGGCGACCCCCCCUAGCAGCGCGCCUGGCUCUGGCCCCCGCGAAGGAGGACGGAGCUUGGCGGCGGCUGCAGCAGCGGCUCCAUCCAACCCGUCAGCUCCUCCUGCCAAGGCAUGGCUGGCUACCUGAGUGAAUCGGACUUUGUGAUGGUGGAGGAGGGCUUCAGUACCCAAGACCUGCUGGAGGAACUCACUCUGGGGGCCUCACAGGCCACCACGGACAAGGCCGCUGCCUUCUUCGUGGCUGACCUGGGUGCCAUAGUGAGGAAGCACUUCUACUUUCUGAAGUGCCUGCCACGAGUCCAGCCCUUUUACGUUGUCAAGUGCAACAGCAGCCCAGGUGUGCUGAAGGUCCUGGCCCAGCUGGGGCUGGGCUUCAGCUGUGCCAACAAGGCAGAGAUGGAGUUGGCCCAGCAUAUUGGAAUCCCUGCCAGUAAGAUCGUCUACACCAACCCCUGUAAGCAAAUUGCACAGAUCAAGUAUGCUGCCAAGCAUGGGAUCCAGCUGCUGAGCUUUGACAAUGAGAUGGAGCUGGCAAAGGUGGUAAAGAGUCACCCCAGUGCCAAGAUGGUUCUGUGCAUUGCUAACGAUGACUCCCACUCCCUGAGCCGCCUGAGCCUGAAGUUUGGAGUGCCACUGAAAUCCUGCAGACACCUGCUUGAAAGUGCCAAGAAGAGCCAUGUGGAGGUGGUGGGUGUGAGUUUUCAUGUUGGCAGUGGCUGUCCUGAUCCUCAGGCCUACGCUCAGUCCAUCGCAGAUGCCCGGCUCGUGUUUGAAAUGGGCACCGAGCUGGGUCACAGGAUGCACGUCCUGGACCUUGGUGGCGGCUUCCCUGGCACAGAAGGGGCCAAAGUGAGAUUUGAAGAGAUUGCUUCUGUGAUCAACUCUGCCUUGGACCUGUACUUCCCAGAGGGCUGUGGUGUGGACAUCCUUGCUGAGCUGGGGCGCUACUAUGUAACCUCGGCCUUCACUGUGGCAGUCAGCAUCAUUGCCAAGAAGGAGGUUCUUCUGGACCAGCCUGGCAGGGAGGAGGAAAAUGGUUCUGCCUCCAAGACCAUCGUGUACCACCUUGAUGAGGGCGUGUAUGGGAUCUUCAACUCAGUCCUGUUUGACAACAUCUGCCCUACCCCCAUCCUGCAGAAGUCCCUGAUGACACGAAUCUACCUUCCAUCUCUGUGGAUCUGCUUAUUCUGGACAUUGUAUUGUGAUGAAUUUUCUAUCUUCACUUGAGCUUCUCUCUGGGUAAGCCUGGCCAUCCUCCUUCAGUAUCUCAGCCAGUCCUGGGAACUGCAUGAGGUCAUCUCAUGAGGCAAUGUGCCAUGGGUUUGGAGUGAACUAGGUGCUUUCCCAAACCAGGGGUGUCUCCUUUUCCAGGUUGAAUCCAGUUUUUGGUACUCUGACAAUGAAUAGGCUGAAAGCUCAGGAUAUCAAGAGACUCAGGGCAAUCAGAAAGGAUUACUCUAUUACCUUCUGUGAUCCACCAAAGCCACAAUUUACAGGUAUUACCAAGCCCAUAAUCGUCUAUCAGACUCUAAGACUUCUUCCAUCUCAGUUCUCCAAGCACUCACACUUCUUUUGCGGGGACAUAGGUUUUUCUGCUGGAACCAGGCAUCUGCUGUGAAGAGUCCAGGAGCCCUGGGGAGAUCUCAUGGCUGGCUGCAGUGAGACCCAGGUGUACUUGGUUCCCUCUUUUCAGCAGGUCCACUGAGGUGGACUUCUGUGGCUUUUGAAAUAACAGUAGCUGUCAUGGAGCUUGAACAGAUUUCUCACUGGAGACUUUCUAGUGUUUCAAGUUCCAUUUGCAGCGAGGAUGUGAAAUUUACUUUUCCGAGAAAGAUAUACACAAAACUUGAUGUGGCUUACUUGAGGAUAAUAGUUAAGUCAUUUCCCCCCAAUUAUUUGUUUUUGUUUAUUUCAAUCUUUUUCUAAAGAGAAGAAAAAGAGCAUGAAAUGUGGAGAAUGGUAGAUUAGGGCUUGUGCAGGCGAAUCUAACCAGGGGUCUCGCCGCGUCCUGGUUACAUGGGCAUUGCCUCUCCAAGCUCCUUGCUAAGCAGCCCACUGGCAGUGGCUCCUCAUACCUCCUGGCUGCCUCUGAAACCAGAUGUUCCUGUUGGCCUCUCACGACUCAUCCUUCCCUGGAGCCCCACCUGAGAAACGUCCUCUUUGCAAUGCCUCCCUACAACCCACCUGUGCCUCCUGAAGCCCCUCCUGUGCGCAUGCUCCCUCUCUCUUUCUCUCCCUCAAUGAGUUAACAUACCUGAGUUUCCAUCUUCUCACACUCAGACCUGGCCCCUUCUUCCCCCUUUCCUUCCACAGUCCAUCCUCUACUCAGCAGCCAGAUGCUGUGCCUCCUGGGAUUCCAUUUCACCAAGAAUGAAAUUUAAAGUCCUGCUGAGUAUGGUGGCUCACGCCUGUAAUCCCAGCUCUCUGGGAGGCCGAGGUGGG